UAUUUUCACCCCCAUGAUUGGUGUGAAUGGUGGGGGUGUUAUUCCCACGUGAUCAAAGACCGCGUGUUCAACCAGCAGCUGUGUAUAAACCUCUCCUGCUCCUCUCAUUUCAUUCUCCGAGAAGCGAUCCUCGAGGAAAGAGUUCGCAUGUGUACUGAAUUUUUUAAAUUCACCCCUAAAAAAAAAACAACAAAAACACUUUAUACUUUAGAAAAAUGAACAUAUUUUUCAUUUCAAUUUCACAAAUUCAAUAUUUCAAAUAAAAAAAAAAAAUUAAUCAUCAAAAUUUAUCCAAAAAAUUGUAAAAAAAACAUUAAAAUAAAUAAAAAAUAUUAAAUAACUAUCACAGAGAAAAAAAAAGAAGAUUCUAAUUUUCAAUUCCAAUUUGUACUAAAAGCUUUCUAUUUAUAUAUAAAGACACAUUCAUUCAUUUAUAAAAAAAGACAUUGUUGCAACCGAAAGAGAUCACAGUUUAAAUAAAAGAAAAGUGUUUCUAUUUUGAGAAUUUGGUCCACGAAAUCAAUAUUGAGUUUUAUAACAAGUGGUGUGAACGAUAAAAUGUGGUGGAUUUUUCCAUAUAGUGAAAAGACUUUAAAGAGAAUUGUUUAACAAUUCUGGAAAAAAAAAAAAAAAAUUCGAAAAAUUUUCCUAAUAUCAUUGGAUUUUGGAAUAAAAUUGAAGAAUAAAAAGAAAAAUUCAAUUCAAAAAAUAGUGAGUGAAAAAGUGGAAAAAAAAAGUUUUGUUCGCAAAAUUUAGACCGGAAGUGAAAAAAAAGUAAUAUAUAUAUAUAUAUAGAAAAAAGUUUGUGUAAAGAAAAUCUUUAUCGAAAGAAAAAGAUAAGCUGCUUUUCCAUCGUGAACUUCAAGGAUGGGAUCAAAAAAAGGAUUUUUAUCCGCGCUCUUUCUCAUUUUUUCAAUUAUAUUAUUACUCGAGUUUGCAGAAUGUCGACCUCACAUUAGGCAUCAUCGUGAGGGUUCGCAUUGCAGUAGAUGUGGUCCAGGAAUGGGUGUGGUAAAACGUUGUAGUCCAGGUAAAGACACCGAAUGCGGUAGAUGUUCAUCGGGAACUUAUUCUCCACAUCAUAGUAUUCAACCAUGUUGGAUAUGCUCUCGCUGUGGUCCAGGACUUUAUGAAGCACAUCCUUGUACAACGAAAAUGGAUACAAUUUGUGAUUCAUGUCACAGGCAUGCUCCAGAAAAUUUUGAUUAUCAAAGAAAAUGUAAGGGACGUGCCAAUUUUUUCCUUGCACCCGAAGACGCUGAAAAUACUGGCGAAGAAAGUAUUCUCGUCAAUGAUGCCGAUGAUGAUGUCGAUGAUCCACACGAUAAAUAUCAACUUCUCAAAAAGGAUGUUGAUGCAAUUUUUUCCAAAUCUGAUGAAAAUUUCAAUGGAAUUCAAAGUUUAUAAAAAAAAAAAAAAAUUAUC